UUGAGCAAUUUGGAGAAAAAAUCUAACCAUCCGGCUGCUGCAUGGGAUUACCUAAAUCUGGUUGACGUAGAAGUGAAAAUGACGUCAAUCACCUCUGGAGCUGCUCAAGAUCCGUUGCAUUCUGCGAAUCCAAAGCUCUCACUCUCGACAAUUCUUACUCCAAGUCUGGACUCAGCUACUGCCAACUCCAGUUAUUGCCAACAGGAAGAAUCUCCAACGAAUAAUAGUCUAAAUAAUCUGCGUCCUUGUUCUAUUCAUUGCCUAAAAGCGAUAUCCAACCACCUCUGUGCCGGACGUGACACUGGUCCCUUGCGCUCAUCCCCGAAUUCUGCAAUCCGAACGCUCGAGAAGCCUGGAAUCUCUGCUCAACCAGACGUUUGGCAAGCCCCAUACUCCUGUUGA